AUGGCGUCACGUCACUACUGCAUCACCUGGCAUGUAAAGUGGAGUCGGGCAACACUGCUUCGGGCAUGUGCCUUGAGGCAAACCUCAAGCGAAACUGCGGGCUUUUCCAUUUGAGCGCUUUUUGGGCCGUCUCCCUCUCGGCGUCCGCCUGCCGCAGAUCUUUUAAGGAGAUUAUUGUUUUGAUUUCGAGCCAAGCCCACAGCGGAUACGAAUCUCAUCCGGUCUUGGCAGGACUUUGGGCUGCGGGAAUGCAACCACCGUCGCCACCAGGGCGACGCAGCGAUCGGAGACGCAGACCACUGAUGCUUCAGAUGAAUGGGCUGCCCCUGAGCCGAGUUUCACUGCUCGAAGAGACGAGUAGUGACUGAAUUGACAACUGCGGCCUGCGGUCAGCUGAAUGUGCGGUGAUGUCGGCCGACAAUGCGCCUGCAGAUCCGG